CAUUUCGACGUUACACAAAUACACGUCCCUGCUCUCAGCAAAACAAUCUGCCGAUGUUAGCGGGUGAAGGCUAAAUAGGUUUCCAGAGGGUAGAGCUGGUUUGAUGCCCGCAGCGCCACAAUGCAGCUCUCUGACUCAGUCACACAUAAGAACGGGCGGCAGAGGAAGCCCGUUGUCCCCCAGGGGGACAUGAGGGACGGGGACAGGGUUCUCAACACUACCCCUGACAUGGAGGUGGAGGGGGAGGCGCUCCACCGAGGAUACGACGCGGAGGACAACGGACAUCCCAGGGUGCGGCCUGGGAUCAGAGGGGAGCUGGGGAACGUAUCUCUGCUGCUCUUCCUUUAUGUCCUCCAGGGCAUCCCUCUGGGCCUGGCCGGGAGCAUCCCGCUCAUCCUGCAGAGUAAGAAUGUCAGCUACAAGGACCAGGCCUUCUUCAGCUUUGUCUUCUGGCCCUUCAGUCUCAAGCUGCUGUGGGCCCCACUGGUGGACGCGCUCUACCUGAGCCGGUUUGGACGCAGGAAGUCGUGGCUGGUGCCCACCCAAUACCUGCUGGGUCUCUUCAUGUUGUACCUGUCGGUUACCGUGGAUACGCUGCUGAAAAGUGACGAGGGGCGGGGCCCCGACGUGGUGACCCUGACGGCGGUGUUCUUCAUGCUGGCCUUUCUGGCAGCCACCCAGGACAUAGCAGUGGAUGGCUGGGCUCUGACCAUGCUGUCUAGGGAGAACGUGGGCUACGCCUCCACCUGUAACUCUGUGGGACAGACGGCUGGCUACUUCCUAGGCAACGUCCUCUUCCUGGCUCUGGAGUCAGCUGACUUCUGCAACAAAUACCUGAGAGCAGAGCCUAAAGAGACUGGCAUCGUUACACUGUCAGAUGCCUGCCGUUGUUCAAGCUUCUGUAGCCUGCUGCUCACUGCUAAGAUAGGUUUCUCUGCAGCAGAUGCAGUGACCGGUCUGAAGCUGGUUGAGGCAGGUGUUCCGAAAGAGCAGCUGGCAUUACUGGCAGUCCCCAUGGUUCCACUGCAGAUACUACUCCCUCUCAUCAUCAGUAAAUACACCGCGGGACCACGACCACUAGACGUCUUCUACAAGGCCUUUCCCUUCAGGUUGUUGAUAGGUCUGGGGUAUGCUGUGUUGGUGUGGUGGACUCCCAGUUUAAAGCAGGAAGGGGGAUUCCCCCUCUACUACUACACUAUAGUACUGUUCAGUAACGAAUGA